AUGACACAAGGUCGACGGCCCGUGGCUGAGAUAGGCUGCUCGGAAAAACGACGGGGUCGCCGGCGAAGGAAUCAGACAGAAGCCGCUCACGAAGGAUUCGCUAAACCGAAGGUCAUUUCAGUCGCGUACAAGAUCGGGUUAGACAGUCGCACCGGCGUUAGUGACUUCAGCCGAGAACCGAACUCGCAUCGCCAUAAUCUCGCUGCUCGCAUCGGCCGUCGGUUCGCCGUGAAGUCUGCGGCUCCUUGGUCGCGGAGGUCGGUCAGGAAAGAGGAAGACGGCGACUUGGCCGAUAGAGGAGGGGUGUGCUGCCGCAAAAGGGCUCGACGGCUACAGGGGAAAACGCCAUUGAUGGCUUGCUUGCGAUAG